AUGACUAAUAUGACCCAAGAAUUCAACCUUGAACUGUCUUCGAUACCUAUAGUUCUCGUUAAUGAUGUACUUCGAGGUCUUCUGCAUUCCAUCAUUUUUCAUCGAUUACUUGUCCAUGUGGUGCCUCGAGAACUGCGAGUCUUGAAUACCUCCAUAUCCAUUACAGACAGUCCUGAUAUUGAAAAUUUGAUAGAAGAGAAAAUUGUCGAUUACUUGAAUAGCGUUCAACACCCAUCAGCAACAGCAACCUCUUCCUCCUCAAUAGCAGCAGCAGUGUCUCCAUCAUCUACUUCACAGUCAAAACAGCAAGGAAAGAUUACCAAAAGAGUAGCCAUUUUAUUCUAUGAGAAACGGCUAAGAAAGAAUUGGUUCCAAUUCUCGAAAUCAGAAGAAUUCGUGUGCUGGGAACAAUGGACAAUCACAUUACACUUAAUAAACGAUAACACAACAGUAGCGGCAGAGCAGGAACAGGCAAAGCUAGUCAAGUCGGUCGAGUAUCAGUUUAAACAGUCUUUGUUAAAGAUACUAAAGAUUGUCAAUGGGCAUAAAGAACACAUUCCUUCUAUUACAACUACAGAAGGAAACCCAUUUCCGUAUCAGAUUGCAAUACAGUCGAACACUGAAAGCUGGAGCUCAAUGAUGAAACGUUUACAUAUUGCUGAUGUACCAACAAUAGAAAGGUCAUCGUUGAGCACAAAAAAACCUCACCAUCAUCAACCGAUACCCAAUGCUUUGCCAAAUGCUAGCAGUAGUAGCACUACUCAUAAUCAAAGUAGUAGUCGACCACCGAGUUUACGAUCCAUUAAGCGAUAUAGUUUAGAUGGUCUAUAA